AUGAAAUCGUAAUGCUACUUACAUGGUUAUCCACUAGAAUGUUAGAACUAGUUGUAGGAUCUAUUCAAUAAGAUACGUGAAGGAGAAGAGUUCAUAACACUCGAGAGAAUCUUUAAGUUAUUGCGAACAUGGCAAUAUGAUGUUCCAUUCUCCAAUCUAUGUAAAUUGCUUAGGAAGUCUAAUUAAGCGUGCCAUCAAAAUGCCAAGAAUCAUUUAAAUGAGUAGGCAUUCCAUCAAUUACUUCAUAACCCGGACAUACAGAUGAUUUACAAACCAAAGAAGGAUGAAACUGUAAAUACUCCUCCGACACUAGAUGGAUUGUUUAAAAGAAUAGGAGAAUAGAUCGAGAGGAAAAGAUUGUAGGAGAAAAUGAAUGACGAGAACAUCACGAAUAAGGAGAAUUGUUGUAAGUAAGGUUCCCCAAGAAAUGAUAGAGAAAGUUCUGUGGUAAUUGAAAAGGUGAAGAGCGUUAGGAAGUUCAAAGAUGAGGAAUUCAAACUAUUUAUUAAGCCCAAAAAACCAAAGAGGAAGGGCGAGAGUAUAUAGGAACCUCACUAGGUAAAUGCAGAGGCCAAGUUUACCAAACUACCGAAUGCAACUUUACAUUUUCCAACUAGUAGAAUUAGGAAAUUACAUGAUCACAUGAUGUAGCAGAUGGAUGAAAUUAGGAUGGAUCCAAAUGUACAAAAAUUGAGCAAUAUAAUUCAUAAAUCAUAGGGGAACCUGUCAAUCAGGUUACCAUAAAUUUAAUAUAUAUGAAACCACAACGAUAUUAAA